ACUAUUUGUAUUAAAUUCUUGAUACUUUCUCCGAUUGGUUUGAAAAUAGUUUCGGAAUUGUCCGAUUUCGAAUAGCACUGUUUUCUUGAAUGUACGUGUCAAACGGUUUAAGUAUUGCCAUGUAGCUCUCGCCACUAGCAGUAGUGCGCGAUGUCGUUGGGUCCUGAUUCGGUGACCUCUGUCCAUCCCCUGGGACACGGAGACGACAUGCACCAACAAGUUCUGGCCUCCUUCCCUCUGUGUCAGCUGACUGAAGAGGACCUGGCGCAGAACCCCCUGUUCUGCCGGCUCCUGGCUUCCCUCUCUCAGCACGUGGACCACACAGGCCUCAGCCUGCCCCUUCGGAAAGACCUGGAGAAGGCGGAACAGGAGCUCCGGGUGCAGAGACUGGGCUGGCUGCGGUCAGAGAGCCUGCUCCAGCUGCUCCGGGAAAUGGCCCAGGAGCACUGUGUCCGAAAGCACCACUCCAGCACCACUGCGGACGACGACAAGUUCUAUGAGACCCUGGAGCAGUGCUUGCUGGUGGCUCAGUGUGUCAGGCAGCUGGACCCCAGCUCCACUGUGGGCCAGGAUCAGCCCCAGCUCCUGGGACUCUCUGCCCAGCAUGUACUGGGCCUCAUGCCUCCUGAACAGGACGUGCGCUGCAUGAAACGCCGGCUGCUGGUGGAGCUGGAGAAGCGCCUGAAGGAGAAGUGCUGGGCCCUCCUCUCGUACCACCAGCCCGACUGCGAGAACGAGAGCGAAGGAUUGAAGAGCUUGAAGCUCUCUCGUCUGCCAGAGACCCUGGAGAAUGAGAGCAAGAGGGCCGAGGGCCUGAGGGAGAAGCACAAGGAGAGUGCCGCCCUGCUGCAGCGGCAGACUCAUCGCUACCUCUCCGAGCUGCUGGGCUGUGUCCAGAUCCUGCAGUCCGUCAUUCUUGACCAUCGUCUGAAGGCCCAGAAGGAGCUGGACGUGAAGAAAGUGGAGUACCUGGACGCCAAGUGUCAGAUCAUCAUCCGCAAGAUAAGGGUGGAGAUGCUCGAGAUUCAGCUGGCCACCUACACGCCGGAGGCGAUCGCCGCCCACCGAAAAAUCAGGGACGUGCUGGACGGCGAGCUGAGCGCUGCUCGGGCGGAGAAGCAGUCCGCGGACUCCGUGCUGUCCUCCUUCCAGAUCCUGGGGCAGGAGUUUGAGGCCCUGGUCGAGGAGUACUCCCGCCUCCGUCACGAGAUCGACAACAAGCGCUGGGCCCUGCAGGAGUUCUCCCAGCACAGCCACUGAGGAAGCGGGGUCCGGGAGCCCCUCCCCUCCCCUCCCUGGAGCCCUUCCUUGGCUCCACUCCCACACCAGAGUGAUAAAGACCCUUACAGCGAGAAGUUGUACAUAUGACUAAAUAAAUAUUUUGUAAACAGAAUCUCAUUGUUCUGUGUAUUAGAUUACAUUUUUUGUGUUUUGAUUCAUGUAACUAAAUUUUUGUGAAUAAAAUUGUCACAGAA